AUGGCUUCCUCCCUUGUUCCUCCACCGACCACCUCCUUCUUCCAUACCAAGAAGGAUCUGAGUCUCUCUGCUUCUUCUCAGCGAUGUCAGAAACAUGCUUCCAGGAGAGUCUCUUGUUCCAUUGCCGCGCCUCAGCAAACGCAGCGCCAGCCUUCUACCACCGGAUCAGUGAAGACAGCCAUGACCAUGACUGAGAAGAUAUUGGCAAGAGCUGCUGAGAAGGAGAAGGCUACACCUGGGGAUAAUAUUUGGGUCAAUGUUGAUGUUUUGAUGACACAUGAUGUUUGUGGUCCUGGUUCUAUUGGGAUUUUUAAGAAGGAGUUUGGUGAGGAUGCUAAGGUUUGGGAUCGUGAAAAACUUGUAAUAAUACCUGAUCAUUAUAUAUUCACAAGUGAUGAACGUGCCAAUCGCAAUGUAGACAUACUCAGGGAUUUUUGUCAGGAGCAAAAUAUCAAGUACUUUUAUGAUAUUAAGGAUCUCAGUAAUUUUAAGGUAAAUCCAGAUUACAAGGGUGUUUGUCACGUCGCACUUGCUCAGGAAGGUCAUUGUAGGCCAGGAGAGGUUCUCUUGGGCACUGAUUCUCACACUUGUACUGCUGGAGCGUUUGGUCAAUUUGCAACAGGAAUUGGUAAUACUGAUGCCGGUUUUGUGUUAGGAGCAGGGAAGCUUUUGCUCAAGGUGCCUCCAACUUUGAGAUUUGUAUUGGAUGGAGAAAUGCCAAGUUAUUUGCUUGCAAAGGAUUUGAUUCUGCAAAUUAUUGGCGAAAUAUCUGUGGCCGGUGCAACUUACAAAUCUAUGGAGUUUGUUGGCUCAACUGUUGAAAGUUUAACUAUGGAAGAACGGAUGACAUUGUGCAACAUGGUAGUUGAAGCUGGAGGAAAGAAUGGUGUUAUUCCUCCUGAUAAUGUUACAUAUAAAUAUCUUGAGGACAAGACAUCUGUGCCAUAUGAACCAGUUUAUAGUGACCAGCAAGCAAGCUUUCUUUCUGAGUAUAGAUUUGAUGUCACAAAAUUGGAGCCACUGGUGGCUAAGCCUCAUUCACCGGAUAACCGUGCUUUGGCAAGAGAGUGCAAGGAUGUGAAAAUUAACAGAGUAUACAUAGGAUCUUGUACGGGUGGGAAAACAGAAGAUUUCAUGGCUGCUGCAAAAGUUUUCCUAGCAUCGGGUAAAAAGGUUAAAGUUCCCACAUUUCUUGUCCCGGCAACACAGAAGGUUUGGAUGGAUGUGUAUAGCCUCCCAGUCCCUGGUUCAGGCGGUAAGACUUGCUCACAGAUAUUUGAAGAAGCUGGUUGCGACACACCUGCCAGUCCUAGUUGUGGUGCUUGUUUGGGUGGCCCGAAAGAUACUUAUGCUCGCAUGAAUGAACCUCAGGUUUGUGUUUCAACUACGAAUAGAAACUUUCCGGGACGAAUGGGCCACAGGGAAGGUGAAAUAUAUUUGGCUUCCCCGUAUACAGCUGCAGCAUCUGCGUUGACCGGUUAUGUUACUGAUCCACGAGAGUUCUUGCAGUAA